ACAGCAGCGAAAUCAUAAAGAAUUCUUCUUCUGUCAGGAAGUUAAAUUAAACUGGGUCAAAUGAAAUCUAUAUUAAAACGACGGCUUCAAACAUAAUCUGUGUUAGUGAAAGUUCAACAAUAUUAUCAUUUUUACAGAUAAAAUCGCACAAGUGACAAAAAGAUGAAUGGUGUUGUUUUGUUUUAUACAGUGUUCACUGCUCAUGAGCCAGUACUAGGAAUAACAUUACAAUGCCGUCACUGUGAUAGUGUUAGAGGACCAACAGAGUGUAGGAAUUUUCAACAUUGUCAACAGCACUGUGCAACAACUGUGCAAGACAUCGGUGGAGAAUACAUGUUUAGUUAUAACUGCGGGCAUCACCAGGAUUGCUCGAAAGAUGCGCAUCAUCAUCUUCAUCAUGAUAAAGGACCAGUUGUAUGUCAAGAAUGCUGUCACUCUACGGGCUGUGACCAGAAUGCAUGCUCUCAAUACUUCAAUACUACCAACACAGCAACAACAGCACAGAUACCAACGGCAGCAACAACGACAACAAAACCGACGACGACAACAAGAAUUAAAGGUACUACUAAAGCACCCCUUGAUUCUAAAGGGUGUAACAACAUGGAUGUGUUAUCAGGAUUAGUCACGGGGAGCAGCGUGUCUCAUCCUGGCACCCAAGUAUGUCCGGACGGUGUACACCAGCCCAGCGAGGCGCUAGUUCAAGAAUAUUGUGCUCUGGCUUUAACUAACUGGAUACCAGGAGAAAAGGUCAUGGAGAACUGUCCCCGUGUGCCUAGUUACACGGCGGUAGCUGCCAUAACACCAGUCUUUGGUGGCGCCACCAUCGCCGGCGUUUUUAUAAAAUGUGAAAUAGGCGGAUUUCAGGCGGCAAUCCAAACAUGCGGAUCUCAGCUAAGAAUUCACCAUGUGUCGACAAACUCUACUACGGAUAUAUCCCAAGUGCUGAUAAGUUUGUUUUAGUGGAUUGGAAAAACUGAUAUAACUUCUGGCAAAAUCAACUGGUUUCUCCUACUGAAUUGAUGUGAAAUUGCCUUUAUUUAUUCAAUGCAAAUAUAAAAGAUUUGUCCGAUUUUCAAGAAAAACAAAAAUGGUAUCCCCUUA